GUAUUUUUUGUUGAAAAAUCAGGGUUAAAGUGGAAAAAAUGUUCAAAAGCAUCCUAAAUACAUCGCGGCAGGUGCUUUAUCCCGUGGCCAGGACCUUCAGCCGCACCAGCCACCAAGGCAAUGCAGUAGUGACCGAAUCCCCGGUGGCCGCUGCUCCGGCCACAAAAUCGCCCCUGAUUCUGCCGCAAGAUUACACGGAUUACCUGCCGGUCAGCAGGAGCACCGCCCGGCAGGCGUGGAUCGAGAACACGGAUGCGGUGGCGGAGCGGAAGGUGGGACUAAUUGAACUGCAUCCGGAUGUCUUUGCCGCCCAGCCGCGGGUGGACAUCAUCCAGGAGAAUGUGGAGUGGCAGCGCAAGUAUCGUUAUGUAAGCAUGGCGCACACGAAAACCCGGGCGGAGGUGCGCGGUGGCGGAAGGAAGCCGUGGCCCCAAAAGGGCGGAGGUCGUGCCCGUCACGGUUCCCUGCGAUCGCCCAUGCUCAAGGGCGGCGGCGUGGUCCACGGCCCCCGAUCGCCCACCACCCACUUCUACAUGCUGCCCUUCUAUAAACGCGUUCUGGGCCUGACCUCCACGCUGAGCGUUAAGUUGGCCCAGGAUGAUCUGCACAUCAUCGAGAAUGUGGACAUACCCACUGGGGAUGCUGGGUUUCUCAAGGAUCUGAUUGCCGAACGGAACUGGGGACCCUCGGUCUUGAUCGUAGAUGAAGACCACAUGUUCCCUGCUAAUAUUUGCCAGGCCAGCGAUGAUCUCGGCUAUGUCAACCUGAUGCCAACCUUUGGCCUGAACGUGUACUCCAUGCUUAAGCACGACACGCUGGUGCUGACGGUUGCCGCAGUGAAGCAUCUGGAGAAGCGGCUUUUAUACCAACUCCAUCGCAAUGACGCCGCCAGCAAGGGCGGAAAGUUCAAGCUGGAUCAAGUGUAGAUGUU